GCAUUCCCUGUCGCAGCCGCAUGCCCGCCCCAAAACAGACAGUCGCCAACGCGUUAAUCUAUGCCGCAGUCGCCGUGCAAGGCCGGCGCCCUCACCCUCGCUGCUCGAACCGAGCGCGGCCAGGCCCCUGUCCGCGGGUCAAAACGCCCUCGCCAACCCAGCUAAUCCCAGUUCCUUGCCAGGCUUGCCGUCCCUCUUCCCAUCUGCCUUUGCCUCAAGCUUUCUAGCGCACGCCUACUCUCACACUCAACCGCCGACGUGUGCGUGCCUGUGUGUUGCGCCCCGGCGGCCUUGUCCACUGCUAGCUCAUGUCGCACGACUUUUCCUCCCAGAUCAACUCUGCGCCAUAUUCGCCCGCGUCAUCGCUCUUUUCGCUCCAAACCAUGGCCGAUCCCAACGUGCAGCAGUCGCGACAGCAGACAGUCGCCUAUCCCUCACCGCACUCGUACCCGUCGCCCUCGAUGCAGCCCACCUACACCUAUCCGCCGCCCCAGGGCCAGCAGACGACCGACGCCUAUCGAGGCUCUCCCCAGGGCUCAAACAUGUCGCUGCCGCCCCUCAAUCUGCCUCCAAUCCGUCUGCAGGACGCCCAGCAACCGCAGGCGCAACCCCAGCACCAGCACCAGCACCAGCCCCAGCCCAUGGGCUCGCCCCUCCCGCCGCCGCAGCACGGAAUGCCGCAGUACUAUCCACACCCAGCCCACGCGCAGCCCGGCCAGCCCAUCAUGACCAACAUGGGCCCUCAAUUCAAUGCCAUGCGAUACCAGCUGCCCCCGCAGCCCGACCAGCGAGUCCUGUCGGGCGGUCGCCAUAAGAAGGAGAUCAAGCGCCGCACAAAGACGGGCUGCCUGACCUGUCGCAAGCGAAGAAUCAAGUGCGACGAAGCCCACCCCAUGUGCAGGAACUGCCAAAAGAGCAAGCGCGAGUGUCUGGGCUAUGAUCCCAUCUUCAAGCAGCAGUCUGGGCCGGCUCAGAUCCAACCCGCUCCCAACGCUGCUCCCGCGCCUCAGGCGACAAACGCUGCCCCCGCACCUGCCCCGCCGCCUUCAGCAUACAGCCAGAGCCCGGUGCCCCAAGGCUACGCUCCUGCCUCUUCGGCCGGCUACGCCAGUGCCGCGCCUGCCACGAGCGGCGAGCACCAGCCUGCCAACUUCCACGCCAUCGAUCCCGCACUUGCCCAGGCAGACCCGGCCCUGCAGUCAGCCCAGCACUACAACGCCAGUCACGCCAUGGACCCUGCCAUGAGGGGUCCUCCCGGCCCCAACGCCUACCCGCCUCCGCCAGAGCCGCUCAAAGGCAAGCGACUGCACAUUACCGACGUCUUUGGCAUAUGUAACCACAGCCCGCCAGAAGUCCCCGCCCGCACCUCGCCCGUGCCCCGUGAGAUUGACGACGAGUUCAGCCGCAUCUUCAUCAACGACUACUGCCAGGGACUCGACCUUGUGCUCGAAACCACGUGGUUCUCGACAGACAACAAUGCGCUCAACAGAGUCUUUAGCGACCGAUCGCUGCACGAAGAGGCGGCCUACUUUACCGAGACCAUCAAGUACAAGGCCUCCGACACCGACAUGACGGGCGUCUUUAGCCAGGAAGCCCGUCUGCUAUGGCACUUGCUGGGCACGUGCAAACACAACCCCCCACCCACCAACGGCGCAACAUCAGAAAACGACGACUUUUCAUUACGAGAAGCCCGUGCCCGCUUUGACAUUCUCGAGGCCCUUCUGACCAACCAGAACCUCGAGCCCAAUCCGCUGCGCCAACUGUCGUACCCCGCCAACCUCGACGAGGAAGCUAGGAUGCAAGUCGACUUUUGGCUCCACCUGGGCGAUUUUGUGCAAUUCUCCGACUCGGACACUGCGCCUCCCGGAGCGGCCGAUAACGCCCUUGGCGUGAUACGCGGUGUCUUGCGCAUGCACGAAGUGCGCGACGCCAUUUACUCGAUUGCCAUUGCACGCCACUAUGGUAGCCGCAUCGGCGGCUUCCCCAACGCCUUACCAGCACCAGUCAACCAGGCUCCCGAGAGCGACUUGAAUAAGCUUCUCGUUGCCAUGUCUUUUAUUAGCCAUGAAAGCCGCGCGGCCAGCCAACAGGUUCUUGCGCGCAUUUGCGACAUGGCCAUGUUCUCGUGGACGGCAUCGCGAAUGCCGCCAGGUCACCAGCCCGGAGUCUUUGCACAAUGACGACGCCUUGGACUAGUCUAAAAAAGUCGUGGGGUACAUUUCAAGUCGACAAAAGGCCUUCAGCCCGUACUUUUGUACCACCAAUGGGAGCAUUUUGUUUUGAUUCUUGCAUUUCCACAGCGGGCGUUGCUUUCCUCUGCCAUUGUCUUAGCAGCAUGGCUUGCAAUCGUUUAUGAUUAUAUUCCCCCCCAGUUCCAAUCCAGCACC